AUGCUUGAUAACGGCUCAGAUAUAAUUAAUCCUCCCAAUGCUGGUCUUCAUAUGGAUGUUGACUGUUCACAAAAUGUUGUGUAUGCUCAAGCGAUGGCAACUUAUUCGGUUGCCGCUGACCCGUUGUCAAAUCAGCCAAGUCUGCUGCAAUCCCAACAGGCAAGGCUGCAGGAACAGGAAUAUAUGCCAACCAUCGUGUAUCCAUCGAUGCAUCCUAGCUUUCAACUCUCUAAUGAAUUUUAUGAAUACGGGUCACCAGUGACUCACCAUAAUUCUCCUAACCUUAAUAAUUUGCAUUAUAAGUCAGUCAGUAAUGAUGUUUCAAAUUCUUUGGCACAACAUUCUGCUUAUGUCACUUCUGUUGCGCAGCAGGUCCCUGCUGCAUCAUCAUCUACGCAUGCUACAGCAACGGCAAGUGAUCCGUGUGCACAAAUUGCGCAUGUUUUACAAUGCUAUCAGCAGGGCGGGGAAGAUGCGGAGUUUGUUCGAAAAGCCAUCGAAAGCCUUGUCAAAAAGUUGAAGGAUAAACGAAUUGAACUUGAAAAUUUAAUCAGCGCAGUAACUUCUGGUGGUAAGCAGCCGACGUCAUGCGUUACAAUACAGAGAUCGUUAGAUGGUCGUUUACAAGUCGCUGGACGUAAAGGUGUACCUCAUGUAGUUUAUGCAAGAAUAUGGCGUUGGCCAAAUGUAAAUAAAAAUGAACUUCAAAAAUUGCCAAUUUGUACCGUUUCAUCCGACAAUCAAGAUGUGAUCUGUAUUAAUCCUUAUCACUAUGAAAGGAUUGUUUCAUCCAGCAUUGGGAACAUCGAUAUGUCUACUUUGCGAUUAGAUUCUUUAACUUCAUUAUCAUCUACUCCAAACCAAGGUAACCUCAUGGCGUUACCAGUGGACGGAGGAGUCGUCUCACACAUCUCAGGAAGCCAAACUGAUGUGCAGCGUCCAUUUCAGAUAAAUCAACAACAGCAUCAGACUUCUGGCGGUAUGAUUCACAGUAAUGGAGAGGAACUUCAUACUCAGUGGAUGAAUCAGAGCUGUUCACUAAAUCCUUCACCUUCAACUCAGUUAUAUUCCAACAGCUCAGAUGCGUUUCCCGUUGGGCCUUGCUCCAGUUUUCGCAUUGGAGGGCUUGGAAGAUUUGAUUUGAACAGUGUCCAACUGCCACCGAUCGGACCGUUAGAACAUUGGUGUUCAAUCACUUAUUAUGAGUUCGACACACAAGUAGGAGAAACGUUCAAAGUACGGAAAGAUCAAAUUGAGGUCGUCUUUGAAGUUGUUGUUGACGGUGGAGUAAAUCCGUCUGCCACGAAGCAAGGUAGAUUCUGUCUAGGUGCUCUCCCCAAUGUCCAUCGAGAUGCUCCAUCUGAAAAGACAAGGCUGCAUAUUGGAAAAGGAGUGCGUAUUUCGACCCAGAGAGAUGGGUCGGUUUAUUUAGAGUGUCUUUCACACCAAUCUGUCUACGUCCGUAGUUAUUACCUUGAUUUUGAGCACAAUAGCGAAUAUGGGAUGACAGUACAUAAAUUUUGCUCAGGUGCUCCUAACCGAAAGAUUUUCGAUUUACGGUGGGCCUAUGCGGAGAUGGAGCAGCAAAGCAAUUCAGCUCGUUUAGCUGUUGCUGCGCAAGCGGCUGCCGUAGCUGGCAUUGCCUCUCCAACUUCGUUAACUCCAUCUCUUAUUGAGCAUGCUGGCACUGGAGUGGACGAUUUAAGGAGGGUUUGUUGUACUAUUGCCAUCUCUUUCGUCAAGGGCUGGGGCCCUGGUUACAAUCGCAGUUCAAUAAAAGAGACUCCUUGCUGGAUUGAAAUCCAACUACACCGUCCGUUGCAGUUACUAGACCAACUACUAAAGAAAAAUAAUGAUUAUUAUAGCUGUAAGUUUUGGUAG